AUGCCAGUUAUUAAUAAAUUUGAGGUUAAUGUGAGAAAUUCAGCGGAGUUAGUAGAGUUUCUGCACAACGUCAAAUUACCAGAAGAUUAUGUCUUGGUAUCUUUGGACGUGGUAUCCCUGUUCACGAACAUUCCUAAAGAAUUAGUAUUAUCAACGAUUGAAGAAAAUUGGGAUGAGUUCAAAACGGUCAUUAGAAUUCCUAAAGAUAAACUGAUAGAGUUGGUUAAAAUGUGUUUCGACACCAGUUACUUUACGUUCAAGGAUGAAUAUUACAUACAACUUGACGGAUCAGCGAUGGGUAACCCUGCGAGUCCAUCAUUAGCUAACUUGGUGAUGAAUCACGUUUUGAAAAAAGUAGUAGAAAUUGUACCGUUUAGAAUUGCUUUCUUAAAACUCUACGUGGAUGAUACGUUACUUGCAGUUCCUGUGAGUGAGGUGGAUGACUUACUGGGAUGGUUUAACAGCAUACACCCCAAGAUACAGUUCACAAUGGAGAAGGAAGUUGAUAAUACAUUGGCGUUCCUGGAUACGGUGGUGAUAAGGAUGGCAGAUGGGGGAUUACGGACGAAAUGGUACCAAAAACCCACAAGUUCCGGCACUUUAUUGAAUUUUAAAUCUCAUCAUCCCAUAGCGCAGAAAAAUAGUGUGGUUCUUGGCUUACUAUACAGAGCGUUAAAGCUGAGCCAUGCAGAGUACUAUGAUGAGAAUUUGGAAAAAGUUCGUGAAAUUCUUGGAAAAAACAACUACCCAAGAUCGUUCGUAGAUGUCUGCUUGAGGAGGUUUGAGGCUCUGCAUAUGAGUAACAACUGUGUAAAUAAUAUAAAAACUCAAGAGAAUAGGUUCAGGUUUCCCUUCAUCAAGGGCCUUUCACAUAAAAUAUCACUAAGUUUCCGGUCUACGGAUUGGAGACCGGCGUUUUAUAAUAUCCGCGUUAUUGGUGAUGUAUAUUCAAGGCUGAAGGACAAAACACCACUGGGCCAAGAUUCUGAGUUGGUAUAUAAAAUCCCGUGUUCGUGUGGAAAAUCAUAUGUGGGCCAGACUCGGCAAUACUUGUCCAAAAGAUUAUACCAACAUAGUUACAGCUGUGAGGAGAAAUUUAGGAACAAGGAGGACCGUACUGCUUUGGCGAGUCAUCAUUUCCUGACAGGCCAUGUAUUUGACUUGGAUAGAGUGAAGAUUAUUGACAGAGAAGGAAAUUGGUUCAAAAGAAAUAUCAGCGAGAUGGUGCAUAUAUGUUUAACGGACACGGUUAAUUUGAGGACAGACACAGAUCACCUAAGUAAUGUGUAUUUGGGGUUAAUUGAGAAAUAUAAGUAUAAUAAGAACAUGGCGUAG